GGAGACAUUUGGGGUUAGAAACUCCUUUCUCGGGCAUUGCAGCACUGUUCCUGCUUGGUGCUACACACGGUGACGUCGUGGGUGGGGGAAGAGGGAAGAGGAGGGGUGAUCUCCCAGCAAACAGCUGCUGCAGCUGUGAAGAGAAAAAAGGAGAAAGAUCAGGAGCAGCCGCGGCGAUCCAACCCCUGCAACAGGAAAAUGGACCAGCCAUAACUCACUGGGGAAGAGAAAGACCACAGGGGACAAUUACACUUCCAUUUCCUGUGAUAACACUGAAAUCACCUCUUAUUCUCUGCAUAUGUCUUCACUUCUGUCAAAGGCCUGUCUUUGGUUUUGGGUACCUUUUGUGCGAUUAUUAAGACAGUAGGGUGAAACCCCAUUUGGGGAUCCGGCCACUCCUUCACAUGGUGGAGAACAUCACUGUGUGAGAGGUUGGUCCUCCGAGUAAUGCUGGCACAACAACAAUAAAGCAAAAGUUAUUAACUUUUAGGUCACCUCAACCUUUUUUGUUCCAUCUCUGAACAUGAGAGAGCUCCAAUCUGAUUUAGAGAACAAAUUCAGUGACGGAUUGCUUUUUCUGUAUGAGGAAACAAUGUCUGCAGUCAACAUGCAUUUGUAUGCAUGCAGCUGUAACCCUGGCCCUUUCAGAAACAGGAUGUAGUACUUUAUUCUGUCAAACACGAAUUUUAAAAGCAUUUUAAUAUAAUGACAGAGAUAUUGAAAUUUUGCCCAGAGAAGUUGUGGAUGCCCCAUUCCUGGAAGUGUUUAAGGCCAGGUUGGCUGGGGCUUUGUGCAGCCUGGUCUGGUGGGAGGUGUUUCACCUCAUGGCAGGGGGCAUAGGAACUAGAUGAACUUUAAGGUCCCUUCCAACCUAAACCAUCCUAUGAUUCUAUGAUGCGUGCCAGCACAUCUCUAUACUUCAUGGAGAGUUUGGGAUAGUCUGUUACAACAUCAUGUGCCCACUUCAGAAGUCACAAGUAUGUUUAAAAGAUCAUGAGUUUUAACAUAAAACAGGCUAAACACUAGCAUGAACUACAAUUACAAGCAUCCUCUUGGUUACACUCUGCUUAGCUAAGAUUAAGCAGCUUAAGAAUUGCAAAAAUGAUAAUUUUCUAUCCAGCUGAUGGAGGAAGGGUCCAGAAAAUAAGCCUGAACUGCUGAAAGACAAGUUCUGAGGAAGAGAGACAGAUGUAGCAAACUAGACUCCAGAAGAAGGGAGAAACUGUGUACUCAGCUUGCAUACAGUGCAAAGCCAACAUGACAUCUGACCAAAGGGACUGGUGGAGAUGCUGACUGGAAAGCCUGAAGAUUUUUACAGCUAUUCCUGUAACUUUCCUACCCAUUACAAGCUCCAAUAAUAAGGCAAUAAAUCACAACAAUUUUCUUUUUUCUUUUUUUCCUUUUUGCCAUGUAUAGUGUCUCAUCUGGUGUUUCGCUGUUGUUUGUUUUUGUUGUUAUUUUACCACAAGAGAGAAAAUGUUGUUCAGCAAUACAGUAGAUGGAGUUUUGGGUCAAUAUUUAUAGAUCACACUGGAUUUUAGUCCAAUUCAUCUGUAUCAUACUUUUUCCAAAAGGAAUUUUUAUGGAUUGUCCCUUGUAGGGUUUUCAUGUCUUACUGUCGUAGUGUCAAUGAGCAUUGACGUCUCUUAGGAGGUAAAUUAGCCAACAAACCUUUCUGUGCUUAUAGAAGUAAUUAUAUAAAUAGCAGUCAUCCUGCAUAACAGAAAGAGAGGAAGAAAGGCAUUUUCUAUGACAUCCCUAGCAUAUAUUUAAAUUAAAAAUUCAGAUCAGUUUAUCUAGGUCAAUUUGCAAAAGCACAUGGUCUUAGUACAAUGCUCGGAAUGAAGUAUGUGCAUUUAUCUUAUUCACAUAUUUCUAAACACAGAAAUUCGAUGUGUUUGAUAAUGUGCAGAUACAAAUGAAAAAAGGGUUGGUGGUAGAGACAUAUCAUGCUGACGCAUACACACUGUAUGAAGGGACAACUUAAAGAGAUCUUACUGCUUACUGGGACAGGAAAUAAUUGGUGAAACAGAGGAGAUUAAUUCUAGUAAAAAAUUAACAAAUUCAUUUUCAAAAAAGGUAGACAGGCCUUUUUAUAGCUGGAGGACAUGCAAACCUCUCUCUCCAGAAUAAGUGAAAAGAAAAUAUAUGCAUGGGAAAGUGAAAUUUUUAAGUUUCUCCAGAACCUACAGAGUUCUACAGAAAGUCAGAUUAUCUGUUAAAAUUAAAUCAAAAUAGCCAUAAAAAUUAGUCUGCUUCAACAGAAGAAAAUGCACUUUAUUAAAUGCAAUUUGAAACAUGAAUUGUGCAGAAAGACAAAUAUCUGAUUUUAAUGUGCAUUGGGAAAACCUGUAGAGCAAUUUGGUUAAAACGGAAGAUCAGAUAUCCUUCAGGCUGCGUUGAAUAAAAACAGAUUGAAAUGUGGCUUUCUUUUCCUUUUCUUCACCUGGCAUUUUUAUGAACACUUGCACCUGUACUGUGUGCUGAGGACCUUGCAAAUUAUUUGUGUUGUACUCUAAGUUGUCUUAAGCGCAUGCUAGGGGCAUGUCUUCAGGGAAAAACAGGAUUAACAUCACCCAGAUGGUGCCUGCAAGAGUCAAGGUCCCGCAGCAGAGCCACGGUGGGUGUGAUCCUGCCCAUCCCUCCGGUCCAUCAAGGCAGAGCCAAGACCUGAGGGGGAUUAGGCUCGAAUCCAUCACUCAGUGUCAUGUCUUUGCUUCGUUACUCUCUCCUCUGGAGACACAAAUUUCACUGUAUGGCCACCGAUCUUCCCAGUCACUGGUGAAAGCUCAGUAAAUUUUUCUGGACAUGCCCUAGGUAUACUAAUGAAGAGAGCUUUUGGUGUGUGAGGGAGAAUACUGUUCUAUGACUAUUGACAGACACAGCCAGCUUUCAUCGAUCUGUUUACAAUUUAGUUGUUUUGUUUUGUUUUGUUUUGUUUUUGUUUUUGUUUGUUUUGUUUUCUGAUAAAUUAACAAGUCCAAAGAGGGUGCAAUAUCUAGAGAUCACGAUGUCUGAAUGUUUUAUUAAAUAAUACAUUUUGAUUUAUCACAUUCACCUCCACAGCAUUACCAUGAACACCUACCUCUUUGUGUAUGACUUAAUGCAGUUCUGUGGACAUUCCUGGAUAUUUACAAAUAUGAUCAUCAGGUUCAUGUCAUUUGGAAAAGAUUCAUUGGCCGACACAUUUUACUCCAUAGGACUUGUGAUGCGCCUUUGUCAGUUGUUAUCUGUUCUGGAGAUCAUGCACAUCCUCAUCGGCAUUGAUAAAAGCCGUUUCUUCCCCAGGUUUUUGCAGAUCACUGAGAGAAUAAUUGUUUUAUUUGUCGUGAUCAACAGUCAGGAGGAAGUUCAAGGGAAAUACAUUGUGUGUGUUUUAUUUUUCCUUUGGAAUUUAUUAGAUGUGGUCAGGUACACUUACAACAUGUUAGCAAGGACAGGAAUAUACUACCUACCACUGACAUGGCUGAACUUCUCACUGUGCAUCCUGCUCUAUCCCCUUUCAGUUCUGGCUAAAGCAUUUGCAAUCUAUGUAUCGCUGCCUUAUUUUGAAACCUUUGGCACAUACUCCAUCAAGCUACCAUUACCAUACGCCUUCUCAAUCUACUUCCCCUAUGUUCUGAAAAUGUACCUGCUAGUACUGUUUACAGGUAUGUGCUUUAUCAUGCAGAACCUCUUCUCAGAAAGGAAGGCUCACCUAGGGACUGGCAACAUCAAAAAGAAAAGAAGCUAAGUUGAUACCUUGUUUUGAAAUAAGAAAUACACUCCCAGUGGGCUGCUGUGUAUUAUAAGCAAAGAAAAAUAAGACAAAGAUUUUCAAUGCACAACUCCUGUUUGGAUGCACAUUAUCCAGCUGUGUUGAAUUUUCAGAAAACAAAGGUCUCUAAUGCACCUCAAAAAUGUAGCCGCUCAGAAUAACUAGAUAGUUUUUCAAGUUUUGACUUCAAAUGUCAGGAAUUUUUUUCAUGAAUAUAUUUUUUCUAACAUAUCUAAGAGAACUCUGAAAAAAAAAUUGAAAAGAGUGCCUCGACCCACAAUAAUUACACUAAUAAUACUUGUUUUCAUGUUAAUUCUUGCCUCAUCAAAAACAGGUAUUCUGCAACAACAACAAAAUUAUUUAAUGUAUGAUUAUUCUACAUUAGGCAAACAUGUAUGUUUAUAUAUAUAUAAACAUUAAAUUGGUUAGAACUGGAAUGUCUCAAGGAGCAGAAGCUGGAAACCUAUGAGAUUCACCUGCUGAUUAGCCCCAAGCAUUCACAAAGGAUCCCUUCACUUCUCAAAAAAUAUUCCAGAAAAUGCAACUAAAGCGUGAAGGCAAGUGACCUUGGUCACUUAAGAAGGUACUCAUCUACUGUAUGCCCAAGGGGAUAUUUAAGGGGCAUAAGCAAGGCUUGUAAUCAUGUUUCUGGCAGACAUUAAGAAUCUCUUUCCUUGCAAUGAUUUUUCUUCCAUGCUGAACAGCAAACAGGUGACCAAAAGAAACGUGAUCAAGUCAGACUAAAUCUAUGUUGUUUGAAGUGAAGGUCACGACCAUCAAAACCCAUGUGCAAAUUUCUACUUUUUGUAGAAGACGCAGUUUUACUCAAGUGCAUUGCCCCUCAUACUUCUGUAGGACUACCUGUGAGAACAGGGACAGAAUACAGUCUCUUUGAAACUGGGUGUCAAGAACAUGGGUAACAACCCAGGGAACUCUGUAAAAUAAAAAAUAGACUAUACUUGCUGCACAGAUAAUUACUUAGAGGUAGGCAGGGGCUUUUCUUACGUUUCAUUUGUAUUGCUUAUCAUCUGCAUUUGAGUUCAUGCAGGUGGGGAAGAAAAGUGAGGCUAUUUUUUUUUUUAAACUUGAAUGAAAUCUGGGGGGAGGGAGUUACAAGGGAAAUGAAUGCAAUCGCGUUACGAAUAGGCUGUUGUUACAACUUUCUAAGCCAUGCAGCUUAAGAGGGUGUUCAGACUGUUGUAACUGGGAACAAAUGGGGCUGGUCCUUAUGAGCUAAGCUGUUAUGAAAAGUCACCUACGAUCGCUUUUAUUUAAUAUAUGUGGCAGACAAUGCCUGCAGACUGCUGUGACUACUGGAGUAUUUAUGAAGCAUAAGCAACAGGGUCACACAUACAAUAGUUUAAUGGGCAACCCCGGAUAUUUUGAAAGCGCUGCAGACAGUUAGUUACUUGGACCUUAUCAGACACACAGAGGUACUUUCACUUUGCACUUCUGUCUGACUCAAACUGAUUCACGUGUAGACAAUCUGGAUAAAGAAGAGUAUAAAGCAGCUGAAGAGGAUGGCAGCUUUGAAGAAGAGAGCCCAAACAAGAAAACUUCAUAAUCAAUUGACUGUAACACACAACAGGUGAAACAGAGACAUAUUCCCCUCUGGCAAUUCAAUAUAAUGCUUUUGCUGUAAAACUGUAGAGAAUCAACAUCCUGUAUGAGGAAGCAUGACAUAUAUUGCGUUGAGUUUACGUGGCAAGUGUUUGGCAGUGGGGAAGCUGCAAGGAUGGCUUCUGUGAGAAGAGGCCAGGAGCUGACCCCUUGCCAGACACAAGCAGUUCCAACUGGCUCCAAAACAGAGCCACUGUGGGACAACACCAAGCCCAUUAACAAUGCUGGCUGCACCUGUGAAAACAUAUUUACAAAAGGGUAAAAAAGAUGUGCAGCAGCUGUGAGGACGAGGAGUGAGAAAAUGUGAGCUAAACAACCCUGCAGACAUCAAGGCAGGAAAAACGAAGGGGGAGGAGGUGCUCCAAGCAUUAGAGCAUAGCCCUGCAGCCUGUGAAGACCAUGGUGGAGCAGGCUGUGCCCUUGCAGUUCAUGGUAGACCACAUCGGAACAGAUCUCGGUGCUACAGCCUGUGGAGGACCCCACACCAGAGCAGUGGUUAUGUCCUGAAGGAAGAUGCAGCCAUGGAAAGCCUGUGCUGGAGCAGACUCCCGGCAGGAACUGUAGCUUGAGGGACCCAUGCUGGAGCAGCCUGUUCUAGUUUCCACAGAAACGACGCAUGCUGGAGCAGUUCUUAGCUGCAGCCCAUGGGAAGGACCCAUGCUGGAGCGGUUUCUGAAGGACUGUAUCACAUGGGAGGGACUCCACACUGCAGCAGGGGAAAAGUGUGAGGUGGAAGAUGCAGAAGAAAUGAAGUGCUGUGGACUGAUUACAGCCUCCAUUCCCCAUCCCUCCUGUACCACUCAGAAGAGUCAGGAAUGAAGGAGUAAAGUUGAGCCUGGGAAGAAGAGGGAGGUGGGAGGAAGGUGUUUUAGAGCUGUCCGUGUGUUUCUCACCGCCCUGUUUUUAUUUGGCAAUAAACUGAUCUUCUCCCAGUCAA